AUGGCUUUCGGCGUAUCCACAACAGCAAUAUUAACACUCUUCAGUAAUCAAACAUUUCAUCCAAGUCGUUGGGUCUCAGUCUUAAUUGGUAUCUUUGUGGUCAUCCGCGCUACCCUAAUUUAUUAUCCACUUUUUGCCUGUUUAACGACGGAUUUUCGAUUGUUAGGAUCCUUUCUGGGCUUCGCUUACAACACUCAAAUAUUUACCUUCCAUGUAAUAGCUGUAUACGAAUGCCCAUCAUUUAAGGAGCCCUAUCCACCUAUUUUACUACAAAAGUUUCAGUAUAAGCAUGUUAAACACUUGUUUAAUAAUCGAAAAAGUAAUAAGGAACCUGAACAAACACAGAAGCCUAACUCCGUAAAAACUUUUUGCAAUAGAUUCCUUUAUAAAUCAAUUCCACAUUUCAAAUAUCCACCCAAGAUAAUCUGUACUUUCGUUGUUACUGCAAUCGCUCUUUAUGAGCUUACAAUGGUUUAUAGUUACAUAACAACAAAUAUUUUUGGUUCCAUGGAACUUUGGGUUCGAAGAAAUGCACGUGGCCUAAGACUGCUUCUUAAUGUCUCCGACGCAAGCAGCCUACAGUUUGUAUAUAACGGCAAACAUGCAUGGAUAGUAGGGAUUAUUCUGUCCUGCUGUUUAAAUACUAUUUAUUUGAUUUCCAUGUUUAUACGCUACAGACCAAUUGCUUCUUGUGCGCUUAUUGUCAGCUUCAGUCAGCUUUUGGUUAGUAAGUACGCCUUAAGCCUAGAAUAUGGUAAAGCAUAUGGUAUAAACAACAGGCGACUUUUCCAUAACUUUGCCUACUUUAUUUUCUUCUACAAUGUCAUGUGUGGUCUAUUUUCCUGCUUAUUUCGUAUUGGCAAAGCAGCUAUACUUGGAUUAAUAUUAUUACCAAGAAUGGACUACAGUUUAUUGAUGAUGCCAUUUCAGAUGUUUGAUUCAGGAUUCAAUAGCUAUUUAGGAUUUUUAUAUGUUGAACAUCUUCAUUGCCAUCCAGUCCUUAUAACAUUUUGCGAAAUUCUGCUAAACAAGGAAUUCGAUCAAUGUGUUGCUGCUAUGGAUACUCCUCAUUCAGCAACGGAGAUAGAAGAUAGAUAUUCCAUGCAAAAUCCAAAGCAAUCCAAUUAUAAGAUUGAAAAUAAGAAGGCUUUUAAUCACUGGCAUUUAGCAGUACGAUUAAUUCGUAACAAAUAUUUGCGCAAAUUACGCACUCAGUACUUAGAAGAAUUAAAAGAGAUAGAAGAAUUAGAGAAGAAAGAAGAUAGCAAAGCAGCCGUGAGAAAAAAACGACUAUCCGUGAAUUCUCUGUUAGAGAAAGCUAAUCCCAGUAAUUUCAAUACUAUUGAUAGUGGACAGAAAGAAAAUAUGAAUAUAAACAACCCACAGGCAAUGGAUUUUGCAGGCUCUGCUGAAGACAAAAAUAAGGCUAAUCAGUCAGACGAUCAAAACCCUGAACAGGAACACUUGACUUCCGCUAAAAUCGAAAUUGAUCAUAGCAGCAUUGAAAACUAUAGAACAUCCCCUGAUAGUUCCGUCUUAAUAGAAAAGCACGAUGACAAACAGCAGCAAAACCAUGGCCAGAAGGCUGAUGAAAUACCAGUUACUAUCCAAACCUCUAACAAAGAUAUCGAGCUAGAUCACAAAACCUCAGUUCUAGAACCUAGUAAUGUUAGUGAUGAAAUAUCGAAUAAUAAUUCACUUGAUAUAGAAAUAAGUAGCGGAGAAAAGCUGCAGCGGGAUGAAGUAGUGUAUAUGCUGUAA